AUGCUGAUCUUCGAUCCAUACCACUGGUUGUGUGCAGGAUAUCCCGGCAGUCGCGUGGUGGGCGGCCUGACGAAGGGCGUAUUCUUGGGCCGCAUCGCUCUCUCCGCGGCUGACGGCACCGAGGAGCAUUUCCACGUGGAGAGCGCCAGCCGCUACCUGGGACCUGAUCGUGACCCCCGCGUCCACUCGAUCAUCUACUCGGCUCGCGACGUUGUGCCGUCGGGUGGUCGAUGUGGCCUCUACGGUGCCACUGAGACUUUCCUGAGCCAGAUACGGAAGAAGCACCGCAAGGAUCCUAAGGAGCAACGCCGCGAUGGAAAAAGUCGACGAAAGCGCUCCCUUGUCGAGUCGGCUGUGAAAGCCCACGGCACACCUUCGACGGCAGCUACGCCCACCGAAGCUUGGAAGCUGUCUUCGGCACCUCUCGCAACGGCGGAGUCCCCCGAAUCCAGAGCACGAGAACUGGGGGGGGCGGGCAGUGGCGGUCCGAAGCGACGAUUGAAUUUAUCGCUCAAGCGCGUCUGCAACGUCGAAGUGGUGGUGGACCACUUGCUGUUCGAAUCGUACCUGAACGAGGAGGGCGGCGAGCGAGAUAAAGCUCUCGAGGCCAUCACAACAAUGGUGGGCACGCAUGCGGCCUCGGCCACAGAAAUCUUCGGCAAGACCGACUUCGAAGGCAUCACAGGCAUUUCCUUCGAGGUGCAGCGCUUACGGAUCAACGAGUCCAACUCCUGCGAAGGUAGGGUGCGGCACACGAACCCGUUCUGCCGCGAGGACCUGGACGCGGCGCACGUACUGUUUGAGAUGUCCAAGAUCAACCACGACAGCUUCUGCGUGUCGCACAUGUGGACGUACCGGGACUUCACUGGCGGAACGCUUGGGCUUGCCUACCUCGCGGAGUCUGAAGUCGAUACGGGUGGCAUCUGCGACAAGUUCCACUUUGGUGCCAACGUGGUCAAGGCGCUGACCUACCGAGGAAGCCUAAGCCUCAACACCGGUCUGGUCACCUUCGUCAACAACAAUGUGCGCCUCACACAGCGGGACACCGAGGUCACCUUUGCCCACGAGCUGGGCCACAACUUUGGGUCACCGCACGACUACCCGCCGAAGUGCACACCGGGCGGCACCCAGGGCAACUACCUCAUGUACCCGAGUGCGCGCCGUGGAACCGAGCCGAACAACCUCAAGUUCUCACCCUGCAGCAUCGGGAACAUCUCGCUCGUUCUCAAGGAGCUCAUCGCUGGAGAAGCGAUCAGUCCAAACUGCCUUCAGGAGCCACGCGGCCCCUUCUGCGGCAACAAGGUGCGAGAAGGAGAAGAGUGCGACUGCGGCUACGACGUCAGCGAGUGCACCGACCGCUGCUGCUACCCGCGGAAGAGUGGGCCGGACAAGGCGUGCAAGUUGCGGCCCGGAGCGAAGUGCAGCCCGAUGAACUCGGCCUGCUGCACCAAGAGCUGUGGCAUACAAAGCACGUCUGUGUCUUGUCGUCAGGAAGACGACUGUCGCUUCGAGGCCUUCUGCGACGGCAAGAGCGCCUCGUGCCCAGCGUCCGCGUGGCGAGCCAACGGCACCGUCUGCAACCACGGCACGCAACUGUGCGUGGCCGGCGAGUGCCAACGCUCCGUGUGCCGUAAGUACGGCCUCGUCGAGUGUUUCCUGACCGGACCGGAUCUGACGCCCGGAGACCGGUGUCUCAUCGCCUGCAGGGAGCGCGAUCCUGGCAGCGAGUGCCGCGAGGCGUGUUCCUUCCGUCGCAUGCGUAGCCUCUGCCACAAGAAGCUGCAGCCCGGAGCCCUGUGCGACGACUUUCACGGCUACUGUGACGUGUUCCAGCAGUGCCGCCACAUCGACACCGAAGGUCCGCUCACCAGGCUCCAGUGGCUUGUGUUCGGCAACAAGGGAUUCACAAACCUUCUCGCGCGCCACUGGUUCCUAACAGCUAUGGGUGUCGUGGUGAGUGCUGUGGCGACAGUGUCGCUGCUACGUGUCUGCGCCGUCUACGUCCCCAGCAGCAACCCUCACCUGAGACCCGCCAAGAAGAUCGCCGCCACCGUCCGCCACCCGCUAGACUUCAUCUCGCACCACAUACGUCGCCGAUAACCGCGACGCGAGCGCCGCCUGGCUGCGCAACACAGGCGCAACCAGUCGCUUGGCUCUCGCUAGGGCUAGAUCGCCUUAGUUUUAUGGCAAAAAGCGACGCCUUUUCUUGCGUAACCGACUCGGUGGCAUGAUUGCUACUGAAUCGUAAACAGAAAUACAUCAC